UAAACCGCAUCUACGACUGCUCGAUGUCAUUAUUACACGAUAUCAGCCCCCGAUAUGUCCGAACAGGUUGGUGGCGUAAUCUGGCAGCCCCUCCGCAUCGCCAAUAUCUUCUGACAACGGGGAACGUGGAAGCGGUCAUGAUUGUAGGUUGCUUGGGAGUCUUAGGAGCUAUUGCAGGAAACAGGGUGUGGAUUAUCGUCCGAUACUAUCUCCAGCCUGCCCUCCAGCUAUCGGACCCAGAAAGCGAGAGAGGCAACCUUUCGAGGAGCGACGCCAUCAAGUCACUUUGGGCGGCUGUAAAUCACCAGAGCAAGAAUAUAAGAGAGGUGUUAACAGAAGAAGAAGACUUUGGACACAAAGUUGGACGUAUGCUAGAUAUAUUGAGUGGGAAUGGUCUGGACCGGUUACAUCCAAUGGAUACCAAGAUUGAACUACGGUUUGGCAUAUUCGCUGUAUUAACCAUAGUUUGCCUUGGAAUCCUGAGCACGCUGAUCCCGUUUUUCUUAACUGAAGGGUUACAAGGAGGCACAGCUGUCCUGGCAACUCAUGGUUCCGACCAAUGGUAUCUUAGCGCUGGACUGGUCGUUAUUGGGGACUUGAGGCUUCGGAACAGCGUGCACAGAGAUAUCAGCACAUGCGUCAACGAUGGAAUAUAUUGGAAUCAGACAAAACCUUGCCUGGAGCUCCGCAGCACCCUCCCAUCAUACAGCGUGGAGCACAUAGGUUUAACCGACCUUAAUUUGUCACAUGCAUCAUACCGUCUAUUGACGGAACAAGGUGAUAAGAACUUCGAAGCACUGAGAUUGCGUCACGAGAUCAGUCUCCAGGAUGCCGGCUUCAAUACAAACAAUGGCGGGCGGAAGUUGCACCACGAGUUGACCUGCAUCCCGACAAGUGCGGAGCAAUUGAUUACCAAAGUUAAUGGCACUUUCAAUCUAAACAUCGAGAAGCUGGUUCCACCAUCAGGAAAGGAGUUUAAUCCCGAAAAAAGAGGCUCAUACAUCUUACAUCGAAGUAUGAUGCUUAGAACCGCAAAUGGAAUUGGAUCGGGUCAUGAGAUAGACGAAUCCAAAAGGAGAAGCGGAUUUGUAACGAAGGGAACAGACCCGUUAGAAAACUUCAGCGGCGACGGCGCGACUUGGUAUCAAGCAGAAGUAGAUGCUGCUUUGCCGAGAGUAGACAUCAAACACCCGGAGACAGAUGGCUUCGUAAAAGAUACGAUGCAUUGGGCAGGCGCUACCGAGCUAAUGGCUUAUGACGGUCGAGGCCAUCGUCUCCAAAACUUUCUCAUCACAUUUAAGCCGGGGGAGAUAUUUCCAACGGCACAAGCGCCAUCCGACGACCCGAUUUUUGCAGCGCACCGACAAGAAAAUUCGCAGUAUAUUGCAGAUCGAGAGGUCUCUGCACUCGCAUGUACCGAGUUAUUCAAAAUCUGCUCAAAGAACACAUGCGAAGAGAUCAACGGAUUUCACAGUUCGUCCCCCGAAGAAGCAUACCUGAAAAUAUACGCCGCUAUACUAUCGGUCUGGGCGAGCACCACCAUUGAGCCUAUCUACGGCGAUCCAACAACUCACCAACGAGUGCGAAACUUCUUCGAAAAGAUGGCAAUUCGACGUCGAAGAAAGAUUUGUCCGCUCAAUCCUCCGACUCCGACAUUCCCCAAAAUAUCUAGCUGA